CAAGAGCUAACUUUUUUUUUCUAAAAAACUUAUUCUUUUUCAUCGCUACUCCUCUUCUGCGAUGACUACUCCCGCAACCUCUACUGAGGUUUCUUCUGCUGCGAUUCCUUCUACGCUGGCCGCAACCUCUUAUACGCCAGCCGCAACCUCUUAUACGCCGGCCGCGACAACUUCCUUCUCCUCUUCCAUUAUGGUCAGCAUGCCUCUCUCUGCUGCAGAAUCAUCCUCCGGCGCCGCAGCUGUCUUUGCGUCGCAGCCGGUCGGAUUCUCUUCACCCAGCGCAUCUGCCGGACUGUGGUCCUCUCCCGAUGUGACGCCACUUUUCCAGACUCUGGCGCCGACUUUUCCCUGGCAGAUAGCACGCACCGAGCCACCUGCGUCCCUAUUCCCUGCAUCGCAGACUCAGGGUUCCAAUUUCUUUGGACCAACAUUCAGCGGUUCGCCGGGUAUUGUUCGUCCACCUGAUUCUCCAAUUUUUGGCAGUCCUAUGGCCUCGUUGGUACAGUCUCUUACUCAUAUCUCUAAUGUUGGCCAAAUUGUGACCAUUAAAUUAAAGGCUGUGGAAGAUUAUUUAACUUGGCGCACUCAAUUUGAGUCGUUUAUAGUUUCUCAAGGUUUACUUGGCAUGCUUGAUGGAUCUAUUCUUGUUCCUCCUAUCUACACUGUGGAUUUUAAUAAUCGUCAGGUGCCUAAUACUGAGUACUAUCAUUGGUUAAGGGUAGAUCAAACUAUUCGUUCACUACCAGAAUUUUCAACAUUUGCUGCUGCUUAUUUGCUGCGGUUCUUUUACAACCCCAGCAAUUAAGUAAAAAUUUUAAUGUAUUUGCGGCGGUUAUACAUUAACCGUAGCAAUUGUUCCACAAAAAUUAGUUAUUUGCAGCGUAAUUUUAGGAACCGCAACAAUUGUGUUGGAUAGACGCAUUAUUUGAUGCGGUGAUAACUCAACCGCAACAAUUCUGACUAAAAAUCUUAUUUAUGCUUAGGCCUGGGACCGGUUCGGUUCCUAGGCCAAAUAUGUGGAACCGUUUGAAAAUAUGAAAUUUUACUAACGGUUCAGUUCUUAUAAAUUAUUUUAUAGAACCGAUAAGGAACCGAACCGUUCUUAACGGUUCGGUUCUUGUCAUUUAACGGUUCCUAGUCUUCGAAAAAAUUCUUACAAAUCAUGACUAAAUUUUUGCCAAAAAGACAGUUUACGUUUGAAAUCUAUAUCUAUAUCUAUAUUAUAUAGUAAAUUAUAUAGUAAAACAGAAAAGUGUGGGGGAAAGUUGGGAGGGAAUUUGGGCGGGAAGGUGUGUUCAACUUCAAAUAGGUGCUGCCAACGAUUCCUAAAGUGUUUUAGGAAAAAACGUGUCAUUAAAUGAGUUGUUUUUGGGAUAUUUGAGGUGUCUUUUGGUCUUCCAAAAAAAUGUGCAUAAUGAGUUCAACAUUAAUAGGAGUGGGCCGGGGUGUUUUAAGAAAAACGUGCAUUGCAUAUUGAGUUCAACAUUUAAAUUUAUUUUGAAGUCGGUGUCAUCUCAAUGCAUGCAUCAUGCAUGUUUUGUCCCUAGCAACCUAGCUAUUGAAAGCACACGCAGAUUUAAAAAGGGAAAAAGAAAAGAAACAACACAUUGAAUAUGAAUGGUUGGAAUCUCCAAUGUGUAGAAACGAGCUUCAUUUCAAAUUCCAGGUGCCUUUUAAAUUUCCCAAUAAGCAUGUAUUGGGUAUAUAUAUGGUCAGCUUCCUUAGCCGACUCCCAUGCCCACAAUCCUGCUAUAUAUAUGUUCGUGAGGCGCCAACCCAUUAAACCAGGAGUAUCUUGAGAAAAUGUGAAAAGUGAAGGUCAAACUACGUUUUCUUUUAUUCAUUUUUCGCUACAUUACUAUUAUGAGUACGAUUUACUAUAAUCUUUGGUGAUGUGAUCUGAAUGCAGGAGUUAGUUUGCAUGGUCACAUUAAUGCGUACCUUUUUCUCCAGAAACCAAACAUUUAAGAGAGAGCACAGCUAGCUAGCCGUGCCUAGGGAAUUAGUUCAACCGGUUUACGGUUCUGUUCAUCCCCCCAGAUUUGCAUUAUAAGAUGUUUCCAGUUCUCUUUUGAUGAUCUGAGUUCUCUACGGUGGCUACUCAUACCAAACUUUUUUUUGGAAGAACUCAUACAAAACUUUUUUUAUUUUAUUUUCUUAUAUUCAAGUAUUUUUGCAAUAACAAAUUUUUAAUUGGCAACUUCAGGACGCCAUUUCGAUUGUUGCCUAACAAGUCAAAGUAUUUGAUGUAGUGAACUCAUUUAUAAAAAUAUUUUUUAUUUUUAUACAUGUUCAACUUCGUAUGUUUUUUACUAGGAUAUAUAGCGGUGUUUUCAUACAAAGUGGGCACCUAGGAUGCACGGAAACGUCAAACUCCCUCAAGUUUCCGUCCCGGAAACGUUUCGGAAACGCGAAACGCCAGGAAACGCCGGGAAACGGCAGGGAAACGCGGAGAAACGUUUCUGAUGACUUGGGCUUUUGGGCCGGCUUGGGGAAACGUAUCGGAAACGGGAAUUCAAUUGGGCCACGGCGUUUCUGGUUAUUUUUCUCAAAAACAAGGUCGGUCAAUUUGGAGCUGGGCAAUUCGCGUUUUUUUUUAAAUUAAAACUAACCUGCGACGCUCGCUUGUAGUCUGCGACUCUAGCAUCACUCGACGGCAAUUAAGGGCUUGAAUACUGAAGCAACGCUGGUGACGACGGGAAACCUAAUGCUGAACUGCUGAAGUUGGUGACCGGUGAAAGCCAUCUGCUGGCCUGCUGCUGCCUGCUGCUCUACUUCGCUGGACGCGUGGGUUAAAGUGGGUCUGGGUAGUGCCGUAUUAGCCUAUUUGGGGAAGUUUCAAAAUUUUAGAUUCUUUAAUUUGUGGUAAGUGCUUCCUAUUGUCAUUAAAUAUGGAACAUACUGAUGUUACUGGUAAUUUGAGUGUGUUACACAAAUUUGCACUUGUUAAUUUAUCAUUGGAGAGUGUUUAUCACGGAAUGAAACAUUUACUUUUUCAUUUUAUUUAUUAUGCAUGUAUGAUGCAUUAUAAUAAAGAGAAUGUUUUGUUUACUUAUUUCAUAGUUGUUGGACGUAAACAUUACUUAUACUAGUAAAAUUUUAAUUUUUAGUUUGACGUUUCCUUGCCGUACCCGUAUCUUGAUAUUUUGAGUUUAGAGUUUCCCCGUCCCCGUUUCCGUCCCCGUUUCCGUUUCCGUUUCCGUCCCGGUGCUACUUAGGUGGGCACACGUGGAAGGAUAGUUGUAACGUAACUUAAUACUCUUUGGUCUGUACUACGUAUUUAUCAAGUUAUUUUCAAGAUGAUAAAGGAUGUUCUAUGAACUUCUUGAUAAAAGGAUGGUAGACAUACAUUCAUACAAGGGUAACGUAUGUGUUACUCCUUAUAUAGAAGCAAGUGUUUUAAAAUUUGUAAAACUUUUAAUUGUUUCUGUCUUUCAAGAUUCAAUUCAUGAAGUUGAAUUUAAAUUUUGAUUACUAGAGUUACAUCAAUUUUGAAAAUGCAGAAACACGUUUACUUAAUACGAGUCAUAGAAAGUUUGAUGUUAGGGUUGAGCUUUGUGCGGCAUUAUAGAGAAAGGAGCAUCAUGGCGGAAGAUGGCCAUAAAACGCCAUGUACUAGGCUUAGUUGAGGGAUCCGAGAUCAUGAUUGAGGGUUUAGAAUCAAAUUUUGAUAGACUAAAUAAUCAAAUUUUGUGGCUAAAUUUAAUUUCUUAAAAUUAAAAUUAGUUCAAUAUACUCUGUAUAUAACUAUGUAUAUUUGAAAAUGGAAUCUGGAAUAUCCAUUGCCUCGAACUUUAAUUUGCUGCCUUGAAUUUCAAUAUUAAAAGGCUGUUUUGUAAAUCGUUUAUAAAUAAUUGAUUAAAUUUGGAGUAAUUUAAAUUAUCGUAUUAUCAAAUUGGCAUUGCUCUGUACAAGGUAUAUCUCUGCAUACUUUGUACGGAGUAUAAUAUAAAGGUGGACAUAUAAAGGUGGACAUAUACCCGAGUAAGUGGUAUCUUCUAGGAACCACUGAAUCAUUUAUUGGUUGAUGAUCCGGGGCAACGAGGCUGUACGACAAUUGAUGAGAACGAAGCUGAUCUCCAAAGUAUGCGACUAAAAACGAAUUGUUGUGAUGUUGGUAUGCUAAAUUCAAGUUAAGUGUAAGUUCAAUAGUAUCGAAAAUGAGAAAUGAUUUUAUUUGGUUAUUGGUCUUCAAAAGUAUUGUAUUAUAAUGUAUGGAGAAUUACUUUUGACACGAAAGAAUAGAUACUCCUUCCGUCCCCUAAUUAAGUUCCUGGUUUGACUUCACACAUAUUAAGAAAAUAAAUUUGACUUUAUUCUGGAGUGCACUGUUUUGCACUGUUUAAACACAGUUGACACUGUUUGGACACUGUUUGACACUGUUUUGAUGUAGAUUAUUUGCCAAAUAAGAAAAGUAUUGAAGUGCGAAGUUAAUUUAGGGACUGCCCAAAAAGGAAAGUGAGAACUUAAUUGGGGGACGGAAGGAGUAUGUUUUCAGAUUACCACCUUGAAAUAUUAUUUUUUUUGCUAUCAUUUACUUCGUAUGUUUAAAGUUCUUAUAAUUAAACUCUCAUGUGCGUGGGAAAAUAUGUAUAAUUCGUAUUAUUCAAAUAUAUUGUCCCGUGCAUCGCACGGGUAUAAUACUAGUUACGAUACAAAUAUGCUUAAACAGUUAAAUAAAAUAAUAAUUUUAAAUACUUUGGACCUUCAAAGUGCCGACCCGCUGAAGUUCUGACCUAAUGAGAGGCCUAAGAAGCCUAAGAGAACCGGUUGAAGUGAAUAAUAGUUUUAAAUAGUUGAAUAACUAAACUAAAAUAAUGAAUGUAAUAUAAAAAUAAGUAAGUAAAUAUACAUAAAAAUAUAUAUAUAUAUAUACACUCAUAAGAAAUAUAUAUAAUUUUAGAUUUAGGAUCAAAUGAGAACAACCCUUAACGUGAGAACGUGAGAACACCACAUUUACCCAAAUGUGAUGCACAAUGAGGCUCGCCCAAUGCACAUUUUCGCGUUCGGCACAGUAUUUACUAAAAUGCCACCGUCAUUAUUUAUAUAGGCUUAUUUUGAGCUAAACCCAAAUGUGCACCUGACGGGCUCAAUUGUGUA